AUGAGAGAAAUAAUGGUGGAGGAAAGUGAGGAAUUGUACCAAGAAACUCACAACUCUAUAUCCGACGCCAUACUCGAGUGGGACCGCACGGCUGCCUUAUCGGACUUCGUUCUCCUGAGGCCGAGCGGUGCCCCACGGGCUGUCUUAGCCCUCCGCGGAACUCUCUUGAAGGGUCCCACCAUUGGACGAGACAUCAAGGAUGAUCUCCGGUUCUUGACGUGGGAGAGCUUGAAAGGGUCCGUGAGAUUCGAACGCGCGCUAAAAGCGUUGAAAGAAAUUUCCGUAAGGUACGAGAGCAAUAACGUGUGUGUGGCCGGGCACUCGUUGGGUGUCGGUUUUGCGCUUCAGGUCGGGAAAGAAUUGGCUAAGGAAGGCAAAGAAGAAAAGAAGCGGGUCCCGCAUUUGUAUAUCAACAGUAGCGUUGACAUUUGUUGUUAUUACAAUGACCCGGUGGUCGAGACGAGGGGGAUUGAUGGUAGUGGGGAGGAUAAUGAGAAUGAUGUGAAUGCUGCAGCAGCUGCAGAAGCGGAAGCUAAGCUCUUUGUGCUGUCGAGGGGGAUUCUUGGCCUCGAGAGUUGA